AAUGAGUUUUCCUCAAGUCGAAUUAAACACCAACAAAGGACGCAUUGUUCUUGAACUUAACUCUGAAAAAGCACCAAAAACUGUUGCUAACUUUUUAGAAUAUGUUCGUGAUGGUUUUUAUGAUGGCGUAAUCUUCCAUCGUGUUAUUGAUGGUUUCAUGAUCCAAGGCGGUGGCAUGGAUGAAAACUUCAAAGAAAAAACCACACGUGAUUCAAUUGAAAAUGAAGCGGACAAUGGUUUAAGCAAUGACGAAGGUACGAUUGCAAUGGCACGUACUCAAGCACCUCACUCUGCUUCUGCACAAUUCUUUAUCAACGUAAAAAACAACUCUUUCCUUAACCAUACAGGUAAAACUGCUCAAGGUUGGGGUUAUGCAGUAUUUGGUAAAGUGACUGAAGGCUUAGACAUCGUUGAAGCAAUCAAAGGUGUUCGCACGGGUAACCGUGUGACCUAUCUGUUUAUCGCUGAUUUACAUUUGUCACCAGAACACCCUCGACUGGUUCGAGGGUUUUUUGAUUUAUUAGAACACUAUAAAUAUCAAAACACGCAACUGUUUAUUCUCGGUGACUGGUUUAAUGCUUGGAUUGGAGAUGAUUAUACUGCGCCUUGGUUAGAUGAAAUUAUUGAGCAUCUAAAACAAUUUUCAUUGCAAGCUGGUAAUCAAAUUUAUUUUCAAGUGGGUAAUCGUGAUUUUGCCUUAGGGCAAACGUUUUUAAAUCAGUUUAAUGGAAAAUUACUACCUGAAUUUUAUACAUUUAGCAUUGGUGAAAAAAAAUUCCGUCUUGAACAUGGCGAUGCUUUAUGUACCGAUGAUAUCUCUUAUCAACGAUUUAAAAAAAUUAUUCGCAAUCCAAUUGUAUUGGGACUUUUAAAAAGCACCCCACUUGGUUUUAGACAAAAACUUGCCAAUGGUUUUCGUAAAAAAAGCCGUGAGUCUCAACAAAAUAAGUCCUAUGAAAUUAUGGAUGUUAACCAACAAGCAGUAGAAAAAGCAGUUAAUAAUGUCGAUCUGCUGGUUCAUGGUCAUACCCAUCGCCCUGAAAUUCAUGAUGUAAAUGGUAAAGCUAGAAUUGUUUUAGGGGAUUGGCGUGAAAAAACAUCUGAAGCAAUGAUUUUAGAAGUGGAUGAAAAUGCGGAUUGGAAAUUUAUUAGAUGGACAAUUUCAGAUAAAAAUCACUUUACCCAU